GUUAACUGUUAUGGUUGUCGAAGACUUCCUUUUAUCGAGAUAUAUAGGCCUAUUUUAGUUUUCAUACCCGCAAGUACUUUGGUCACGUGACUACAUACUUUCAUUUAAUUAAUUAAUUAGCCUUAAUAAGUAAGUAAGAUUAUGGGUCCAGUUAGAGAUCAGAUUUGUAUGUAAGUUAAGCUGCGUGUUUGGCGAUACGACCUGUAACAUUUAAAUAACGUUUUCAACUACCCACAGGAAUAAUUCCUUAUGUGCUCUCAUGGCAAAAAUGAAAUAUUCAGAGAUGUCAAGGGACAUCUCCUGCGACAGUCUCUCUACUCUUCGGCUCAUAGAGGAGAAACAUGAAAAAAAGACAAGAGAUUGUGACAUUGAGCCUGUGACACUUCCUAAAAAUACUCCGAAUAAGAUCUCUCCAAAGAAGAUCUCUCGCACUUCAACUGCGGAAUCAAUCAGUACAGCGUUGCCUUGUUAUGACAAUCUCGGUGCCACAGGAGUCCAGUCGCAAUCUAACAGCAAAUCACAGAGUUUACCAGCCCAGGUGUCUCUGCGGUCUAUGGACCAACUUGUCUUGGAGGCGUUACGAGUAUCUGCGGAGGAUUUUGCAUCUCAACUCACUCUCCUCGACCUUCAAGUCUUUGUUCAGAUCACUCCAGACGAGCUGGUGUCUUGUGCAUGGAACAAAAAGAACAAACUACUCGUUGCACCCAACGUCGUGGCGUUUACCAAACGAUUUAACCAUGUCAGUUUUUGGACAGUCCAAGAAGUGUUGAGUGGAACUUCUCCAAAGCAUAGAGCAGAAAUACUAUCUCACUUCAUAAAAAUUGGCAAAAGGCUCUAUGAACUGAACAAUUUUCAUUCCCUGUUUGCUGUUGUAUCUGCUCUCCAAAGUGUUUCUGUUUAUAGAUUAACAAAAACAUGGAACCUUGUAUCAAAAAAGGACAAGAGUACUUUUGAUAAGUUGGCUGAAGUAUUCUCUGACACUGACAACUGGAGGAAUCUACGAGAACACAUGGAAAAUUUGAAACUGCCGUGUAUUCCAUAUUUAGGAGUUUUUUUAACGGAUCUAGUCUACAUAGAUAUGGCCCACCCUCACAUGGGAGGUCUCGAGCCUGAACAAAGAAAGCUGAAGAUGAACAAUAUUUUACGGAUUGUCUCAAACCUACAACAGUCUCAGUACCCUCACCUCUUGCCUUUACCACAUAUCCAGAGAUAUUUGCAUUCUGUGCGAUAUAUCGAUGAACUGCAAAAGUUUGUUGAAGAUGACAAUUACAAGCUGUCACUGAGACUAGAACCACCGUCGCCAGCCCCGAGCUCGUCAAGUUCGCGAGAGUCAGUCAGUGAGUUGGCAACCGUAGCGAGUCUCAACCUGUCCCCUGCCAAACCUUCGCUGCGACUGCAACCCGUCAUCAAGUUUGUCCCCGGUCACCGCAAGAGCCGUAGUCUUGGGACCAAAUUUCGUAGUACAAGUCUUCCAAGAAAUUUUCAUAAGCCAGUAUUUCCAGCAUCUGCUGCCAAUGGUGUUUUUGCCAAGCCUUGUCACUCAAGCCCACGCAACUUGCUGGACGACUCUGUGAUAGAGGAGGGGGGUGGGGGAGGAUUAGGUCUAUACAGUCAUUCUGUACACCUCAUGCCUAGUCAGUGCUACCACUCUGUUGUCUGUUGUAGUGUUUUUGCCAAGCCUUGUCACUCAAGCCCACGCAACUUGGUGGAAAACUCUGUGAUAGAGGAGGGGUGUUUUUGCCAAGCCUUGUCACUCAAGCCCACGCAACUUGGUGGAAAACUCUGUGAUAGAGGAGGGGGUGGGGGAGGAUUAGGUCUAUACAGUCACUCUGUACAUCUCAUGCCUAGUCAGUGCUACACUCUGUUGUCUGUUGUAGUGUUUUUGCCAAGCCUUGUCACUCAAGCCCACGCAACUUGCUGGACGACUCUUGUUUUUGCCAAGCCUUGUCACUCAAGCCCACGCAACUUGCUGGACGAUUCUGUGAUAGAGGAGGGGGUGGGGGAGGAUUAUAUUUAUACAGUCAUUCUUGUUUUUGCCAAGCCUUGUCACUCAAGCCCACGCAACUUGCUGGACGACUCUGUGAUAGAAGAGGGGGGUGGGGGAGGAUUAGGUCUACUCAGUCAUUCUGUACAUCUCAUGCCUAGUCUACCCGACGAUACUCAGGAGUGUGUCACACUUCAGGGUUGCCUGAGACGUAAGACUCUGAUGAAGGAAGGGCGUAAGCCUACUGUGUCCCCAUGGCAGAGGUACUGGGUUCAGCUAUGGGCGACUGCUCUUGUCUUCUACUUGCCAAAGACUUUCAAAGGAUGUGAAAGAACUGACUUCAAGCGAGACCCUUGCAAGAUGACUCCACUGACCGGGUGUCUGGUGACUCUGGGCCACAAUCCGGUCCACUCCGACGUGUUCCUCAUCCGGGACCCUCACAGAAGCAAUAUGUACAAAUUCAAAGCGAUCAGUGAAGAAGAUGCCUUAAUCUGGUACAACUCAUUGCAACAAAUGCUCACAGAAAACAACACUACCUCUACUAAUCUCAUAUCCUUCGAUUGAUUUGUACAGUUCCUAUUUUAGUCCCUUAAGCUUUAGCUGUAAUCUCCUUAUCUUUUUAUGUAGAUAUUUUGUUAGCUUGCCGUAAGACGAUCUCACAGCAGUGUUUUUAUGUUUACAUUCUGGUCAUACACUUUGUGAUUUAUUUUUAUAGUCAAUUUGUUGAUUUAUUUCAUUUAUGUUGGUGACUACCAAAUUCAAUAAAA